AUGCCCAAGGAUACCAACAAUUUCUUUAUUCAUGUACCUGUCAUUGAAGGGGGCCUGGGAGUGGUUGUUUUGAAAUAUGCCAUUCCCCUUAUGCAGAAAAUCAGGCUCGAGAAGCUACUUGGAAGCAACGAUCCGGCUGUCGCUGCGGUUGUUGGAACUACCUUUGUUGCGAACAUGCUGCAUAAUGACUCGGUGCCAUUGCAGGUAACUGGCAUUCCUAUUUGCAAUAAAGAAAAUCUGAACAGUGCCUUAGCAUAUGAUUCGCAUUGCUCUCUGGACGGCUCUGGUUUAAAAAAGUGCAGUCAGGUUUCCAUCGCUAAUAAAUGGGUGGACUCUCCCACCCACCUAAUGUCAGGUGCCAACUACAUCGGUGCCAUUCAAGUGUGCGGUAACUUGAUGGCUACAGCAGCCAGAAUGGCUAGGUGGCCCCAGCAUGAUGUGGCAUGUGAUGCCUGUAGUCGCACUGAGUCAUUGGGACACAUUCUGCAGGUGUGCCCAAGAACCAGUGGUGCCAGGAUCCAUAGACACAAUUAUGUGCUUGCUAUGUUAUAG